AUUUCAUUCGUCUGCCAUCCUCUAUAAAUCUAGUUCCGCCGUCUCGUCUGCGCCGUCUGCUACGUAUACUCGCCCCCGCGCACCCCGGUCCCCGCCUGCUGCCUGUCCUGCUUCCGCCCCCCACUUAGUCCGCCCGCCCAGCGAGUCUCUAGCCACUGUACCCCACCCAGCCCUUCUCCGCUGAGAUGACCCUCGUACCGCCCGGCGCACACCUUUCCCCGGUCGAUCUCCCUCCCCCGCCACCCUCCGCCGACCCACGCGAACCGUCGCCCGUCUCCGUGCCCCGUCGCACCGGCGCUCGUACGCCCCAACGGGCUCGUUCUCCCCUCUCGUCCCGCGAUGCAUCGCCAAUCCGAGUGCCGCAGUCCAACAGGUCACCGUCUUCCGAGCACACUUCUCCUUUGCUGCAGCCAUUUCCACGCACUUCGGGUUCCGCCAUUGCGACUCCGCCUUCCGCGGUUCCCGUCCAGUCCACUCUCGGCCACCACCUCUCAAGACCGUCAUCGCCUUCUUCGAUCCACUCUUCCGGGUCUGCUAUAUUCGAACGGGAUAUCGAGCAUCCGCCGAUGGCUUCGCUUUCGCUCAACCCAAACCCCUCUCACCAGUCCCAUACACUCAGCCAUAAACCCAGUCGUUUGCUCCACCUGCCGCAUGGUUCGAACUUGGAUCAUACCGUGCCCGCGGUCCUGGAUGACGCCGUGGAGGCCCUGACGUCGGGCGACUCAACAAGCGGAGGAUUCGAAGGUCUAGAAAUCGAAGCUCCUGCUCCUAGCGGAAUAGGUAUGGCCCGGCAGAGUUCUUCUAAUUUGCCUAGCGCUGGACGCAAAGUCACUGCUGGUCCUACUGCCAUUUUUUCAUCUCCUUCCCGCAGUUCUUCACCUAUAAGCCUCGAUUCUCUCACAUCUUCCAUGGCUUCCCCAGCCCAAUCGCCGCCAAUUCUUACCCAGCUCUCGCCUCCCCAAAGCUUGACGGGCUUGGCUGCGCAAGAUGGUGUUCCGGCUAGUCCGACGUCUCCAACUGUCUCAAAGACCCAAGUUACAGCUAGCGUUCCCCGUCCAGCUGUACCGAGGAGGAUUAGCACCGGUCCGCAGUUACCCGGUGGUUGGGCGUUUAACGAGUCUGAGAAGACGCAGGAAGAGUCAACGUCUACUCCUGUUCCUGCGCCAGCCACUGUCUCUUACCCUACAGUUCCUAGCGCAGUGCCACCUCAUAUGUCGCCUUCCAAGGGCAAGCCUCCACAUCACCGACUCUCGUUCAUCUCAUACAACGAUAUCCUCCUCUCUGUCCCUACUCAGGUCACCUCGUUUAGCGAGAUUACUUCUGGCAAUGUGUCUCCGGAUCAUCUUCCCGGUACAGUAUCGCCUAGUCUCAGUAGCAGAUCGCCGAUCGCGUCACUUCCGCACCACGGCAUGCCAUCUGCUGCCACAAACGUCACCCCUUCGGCUACUAUUGCGUCCAGCGAAGGUCCUAUCGCCGAGCCCAAACUCGAUGGCGAUGCUAGUGGAAAUGCUACGAAAGGUGCUUUAGGUUUGGCUGAGGGUGAAUGGGAGCGCAGUGAUGGAACUGCCAGGGGUGAGUGGGAAAGGGAGGGACUCGGCAAAGGGUUGGAACAGCGCCUCGAAGAUCUGGCCCAUACUGAAGUUUGAUUCGAAGAUAUGUUGAUCUCAUGGUUUUAAAACGGGCUAUUGUAAUCAUAUAAAAUCUGAAAGUGGGAUUGUAGUAUAUCAAAAAGAUAUACCCUUGGGUUUUCGCUCGUUAGGCUUUGAUAUAGGUUUUGCGAAUAGUUGUCUUUUGAUGUCGGAAAGAAGUGUGCGUAUGCAGUCUCAGAAUAAGUAUGAAAUCAUAAGUCAUCACUUAUGAUAAUUGUCAUUAAAACUCGUUAAAAUAUC